UAAAGCUCAAGAUUCACUGGCAUGUCGGGCCAGAACGGAGUGUAUUUUUAUAGUUUUUCAUUUUUGGACAUUUUUGUUUGGAAUUGAGUUUUUGUUUAUUUUAAAUCCGCGUUUCAAUACUUCGUAUGUAGGUCAAAGGGUAGUGUAACCAACUUCCUGGAUCUUUUAUUUUGGGAGAGGUGUGUCCCUCCCGGGUUACCCUAGAGAUCAGGGGGCGUGGCAAGUUCAGAGAGUUUUUGUAAAUAGGGGGAGAAGAAGAAGAAUAAAGGAGUGGUGAGCGCGUCCACUGAAUGGCGGACCUGUUGUCCCGUGUCGUUUGUGACCACGGAGUGAAUGAUUGUUGAACCUCCCCCAUCGCUCGGUUACACUGGUGGCAGCGGUGUUGGCAAGUUACUUAAAGUUUUCUGAACUCCGCUGGUGGCGUCAUUCAUUCAUUCAGCUCCCAUCUCCUGCUAACCUAGCUAGUGCAGCUCGAAAAGUUCCCGCCAGUAACAUGUGGCGUGGAGACGAGGAUCCCUUCAAGCCCAGCAUGCACCGAUUCGCCGAUUCUCCCUUCCGUGAUUUCAAAGUGGAUCUGCCCGCCCCAUUCACCGGCGACGGGAGCCAGGGGUUCCUUGGCUGGGUGAGACAACUGGAGGUUGCAGUCAGAGCCAUGGUGGGUGACGGCGGUCGCGGCGACGAGGAGCUGGCCCGAAUCCUCCCGACGCGUCUGAGCAAGUCUGCUUUCCUUUUGUGGGACAGCCUUCCCGAUGUGAUUAAAUCUGAUUACAAUGCCGCCAAAGAGAGACUUGGCGCGGCGUUCGGACAGAGACAAUUUAUGGAUCGCUUCAGAGCCAGCCUGUCUGCUCGGACCCGGGCUCCCGGUGAAACCUUGGAGGUUUACGCGGCUGAUGUGCGCCGACUGGUUGCGGAGGCGUUCCCGGAGUACGAGUCAGCGGCGCAGAGAGUGGAAAUAUUCAGACGCUUCCUCGCGGGUCUGGAUCCCGCUCUGAAAGCCAAGUGCCUUGAGCAGGGGGCCACGGACGUGGAAGAAGCCCUGAUCAUCGCUGAAAGAUGCGAGAACGCCAGAGAAGCUCUACAGAGGGACUGUAAUGGACGUGCUGCCCUCCUCCUCGGCCUCCCCGUGCUCUCCGCUCUCAGUUAUGAAGCUUUUUGCAGGUUUCACGCCUCUGCUCUCGUCUGCGCUUUAGAGAAAGAUGAGAUUUUGGAGCAGGCGGACUACCUAUACAGCUGUGCAGAGACAGAGAAGCUCUAUGAGCUGCUGGUGAAGUACAAAGACAGCGAUGAGGCGGAGUUCCUGUGGAGGCUGGCCCGGGCGUCCCGGGAACUGUCCUUCCUCCCGGACACUGACCCCCAGCGUAAGACGCAGCUGACAUCCGAGGCCUUUGAGUUUGUAAAGAGGGCCCUGGAAAGAGACGACACCAACUUUGCAGUACACAAAUGGUACGCUAUUUGCCUGAGUGACAUUGGGGAGAGUCAAGGGGUCAAGGCUAAAAUUGGGAAUUCGUUCAUCAUCAGGGAGCAUCUGGAGAAAGCCAUCCAGCUGAAUCCCAAAGAUCCCACCUCCCUGCACAUUUUAGGUUACUGGUGUUUUGCUUUCGCUGAGCUGCCGUGGUAUCAGCGCAAAGUAGCUGCUGUGAUCUUCGAAUCCCCUCCCACAUCCACAUUUGAGGAGGCUUUGGAGUUUUUUCUGAAAGCUGAAGAAGUUGAUCCAAACUUCUACAGCAAAAACCUGCUGAUGCUGGGGAAGACCUACAUGGCCAUGAAAGACGAUCAGAACGCGCUGCUCUGGCUGACCAAAGCCAAAGACUACCCCGCCCACACGCCAGAGGACAAACAGGUCCAUAAGGAAGCUGAGGAGCUCCUGAAGAAGCUUGGAUGAAGCUCAUCUGAGUGGAGCAUGAGGCCUUCCGGACUGUAAACAUUAAUGAAUGAUUUUAGAAGUUAUGCACGUGUGACCUUUAUGCCUUAAUAGGAAAUAGCCCUCCCUGUAAGUUUAUCCAAUUUGUUCUUAGAAUAAAGAAAUCGAGAAUUACUUUAGCUAAAAUAGUACAACCAGAUUAGUCUUCUUUUAUCUAUUUGGCCAUGAUUGAAAAAUGACAGAUUCUAACUGGUUUUCCACUGAAGAUGGAGUCUUUAAAAGCAACCCAAUAUAGAUAUUGAUCUUAUUAUAAUAAUCUGAUUUGUUAAUUAAAAAAACUCCAUAUCAGA